AUGAGAUUUUCUUUAAGAUCAUCUUUAAGUACUUUAUCAGUACUAGCUACGCUUUCAAAACAAGCUAAAAGUUCAAGUUGCUCUUACGUCGAUGGUAAUUACUAUUGUGAUGAAACUUCAGUAGUCGUCUACAAUAAUGUAGGUUUUUCUUCUUCCUACAAUGAUGUUACCGCCAUGGACGAAUCAUCAUGCUCUUGUUCCACUUCUUCCACUAGCUUCUCUGGUACUUUAUCUCCUUUUGAUGAAGAAUUAUCUGUCCAUAUCAGAGGUCCUAUCCAACUCAAACAAUUUGGUGUCUAUUACCCAUCCGCCUCUACUUCUUACAAGAAGAGAGAAGUAGAUGAAGAAGAACCUUGUGAAGAAACUAUCACUACAAGAAAACACGCUCACAAGAGAGACGUCGCUGUCGAAUAUGUCGAAGUCACUGCCACUGUCUACGUUAAUGCCAACGGUGAAACUAUUACAACUAGUAUCACUCCUCAAACCACCACUACCGCUGCUGGUGAACAAAAUGUGGCUUCUCCUGUAGAACAUGAAGCUUCUGCUGUUUCCUCUUCCUACACUGUCGUUUCUACCGUCUUAUCUGGUACCACCACUGCCGGCGCUUCCUCUACUUCUACCACAACCUCUGCUACUUCCACCGCUUCUACUGUUGCCGGUGCCUGGGAAAGAGUCGCCUACUACACGCCAGGUUCCGCUACUAAUGUCACCUUCAUGAACCAUCAAGGUGGUUCCGGAAGUGGUGUCUGGUCUACCUGUUUCGGUAACUCCCUUUCAUAUGCUUCUUCUGAUGGUAAAUCUUGUGCUUCUUCUUCCACUGUCUUAGAUGAUGUUACUUUGACCUCUGACUACGAAGUCGUUAUGUUCUCUGCCGAUGAAUGUUCUGGUCAAAAUGGUGACUGUGGUUACUACCGUGAAGGUAUUCCAGCUUUCCAUGGUUUUGGCGGUAAAUACAAGAUCUUCGUUUUUGAAUUCUUAAUGCCAAGUGACACUGAUGGUAGUAACUCUAAUCAAGAUAUGCCUGCUAUCUGGUUAUUGAAUGCAAAGAUCCCAAGAACUGAACAAUACGGUUCCUGUUCUUGUUGGGAAUCUGGUUGCGGUGAAAUGGAUUUAUUCGAAAUCUUAAGUGCCGGUUCAAAUGACUUAAUCUCUCACAUCCAUGAUGGCCAAGGUUCUGGUUCUGAAGACUAUUUCCAAAGACCUACCAGCUCUUCCAUGAAAGCUGCUGUCAUCUUCAACGGUGAAGAUGGAAGUAUCCACAUCGUCGAAGUUUCUGAUGAUUUUGGUUCUACUUUAUCUGAAGACACUGUCAAUGGCUGGUUAGAACAAACCGGCUCUACAGUUUCUUUAUAG